CAGCGGCUGCGCCCUGCGCCGGGGAGGAGCCGGGGGCGGGCGGGCAGCCGGCAGGCGGGGGCUGGGGCCCGCGGCAGGGAGUGCCGGAGCGCCGGCGGCGACGACAUCAGUGGCCGCUGAGCAGGGUCGGUGCGUGGGUCCGCGGCAGCUCGGGGUCCGCCCGCUGGCUGUGGUGCGAGCGGGCGGCCCGGCUGCCCUCCUCCCCCGCCCGCCGCCGCCACCGCCGCUGUGAUUGGGUGGAAGAUGGCGCUGGGCGGAUGGAAAUCCUAAUGACAGUCUCCAAAUUCGCCUCCAUCUGUACCAUGGGCGCCAAUGCCUCGGCAUUAGAGAAAGAGAUUGGUCCAGAACAGUUUCCAGUCAAUGAGCACUAUUUUGGAUUAGUCAAUUUUGGGAAUACUUGCUACUGCAAUUCAGUUCUUCAAGCACUUUAUUUUUGUCGUCCAUUUCGGGAAAAAGUUCUCGCGUACAAGAGUCAACCUAGGAAGAAGGAGAGUCUUCUUACGUGCUUAGCAGACCUCUUCCACAGCAUCGCUACCCAGAAGAAAAAGGUUGGAGUCAUACCUCCUAAGAAGUUCAUAACAAGAUUACGGAAAGAAAAUGAGCUCUUUGACAACUACAUGCAGCAGGAUGCCCACGAGUUCUUGAAUUACCUGCUGAACACGAUCGCCGACAUCUUACAGGAAGAGAGAAAGCAGGAAAAGCAGAAUGGUCGUUUGCCCAACGGGAAUAUUGACAGUGAAAACAACAACAGCACACCAGACCCAACGUGGGUUCAUGAGAUUUUUCAGGGAACAUUAACUAAUGAAACCAGAUGUCUUACUUGUGAGACUAUAAGCAGCAAAGAUGAAGAUUUUUUAGACCUUUCUGUUGACGUGGAACAAAACACAUCCAUUACUCACUGCUUAAGGGGUUUUAGCAACACAGAAACUCUAUGCAGUGAAUACAAAUACUACUGUGAAGAAUGCCGCAGCAAACAGGAAGCACACAAACGGAUGAAAGUUAAAAAGCUGCCCAUGAUUCUAGCUCUGCAUCUGAAAAGAUUUAAAUACAUGGAUCAACUCCAUCGAUACACAAAACUUUCUUACCGGGUAGUUUUUCCUUUAGAACUUCGUCUAUUUAACACUUCAGGCGAUGCAACCAAUCCUGACAGAAUGUACGACCUCGUGGCCGUCGUGGUUCACUGUGGAAGUGGUCCCAAUCGAGGCCAUUAUAUUGCAAUAGUUAAGAGUCAUGAUUUUUGGUUGUUGUUUGAUGACGACAUUGUAGAAAAAAUAGAUGCACAAGCUAUCGAAGAAUUCUACGGGUUGACGUCAGAUAUCUCAAAGAACUCUGAGUCUGGCUACAUCCUUUUCUAUCAGUCCCGGGACUGAGGGAACCGCAAUAAAGAGAGACUUUCUGCCUCAUUUCUUCUCUGGUUAUUUGGGAAAGGAUCAAGCACCAGUGUUCCAAGAAAAGAGAAAUGCAGGGAGCUCAGGGGGCAGUAGCACACUUUGCACACAGUAAAGCAAAGACUGGAUUAACACGCUGUUCCUACCGUGGUAGUUGAUUGAUUUGCUCAGGUAUCAUGCUGUCUGCGCAGUUCCAUACAACAAGGCAGUGAAAUCAGAGAUACCAGCUCCUCUUGUAAAACAGCCUUCCAGUAAUUGACAUGCACUUUCUCUUCGUUAAUUGCACCAAUGAGAUUGAACUCCUUGGGGGUGCAGUAGAAAGAAAAGGAAUCUGUGAGGUGGUACUGACAAUCGCAGGAGGUGAUGUUGAACACACUGCAUACCUUUGCCUGGUUGAACACAUCGAGAAGCAAUACUGGGUGGUCUUUUCGAGCGUAAACCAGAAAUACUUUUGGGCCCAACACUUGCAGUUGCCUUCCUGAUGUAAAGAAACUAACACAUACUAGAAUCCAGUGUCAGGAAGACAAAUACGUUUGCUUCUCUGAAGAAGCUUAUAAUAAUAUACAGUAUAUGUAUAUCUAGGGAACAGUUGGUCAAAAGUGGCUUUUUGUUUCCCCAAGGGGAAAGACUGGCUUUGUAAUUAUAAUUUUUUUCCUUAUUUAUUUUACUUAAAACUGGUAGAGUCUAAGUAUUGUAUGAAGUGCCCAUGAUUCUGUCAGUAAAUUUCAGCAUAUUUUUAUUAGUUUUUGUCAGUUUAACUAAUCCUUUUGUUUGUUUCUGUUUUUAAGGUGAAUUUUAAACUCUGUUUUAAAUCAUAAGUUACCUUAAGAAAAAUUGCAAUGAGAGGAGGUACAUAUUCUUUUUCGGGAGGAACUGAUAUCUCUGGCUAAAUAUUUGUCCUAGUUGUCAGUCAGUUAUUUCAUGCAGUUUUAAUUUCAGUAAAAUUAAAAACUAUCCCAAAUUCCCUGUCAUUGUGGAAUGAUCUAAGAAGUCCUGGUGCAGCAGUGGUGUGCGGCCUUGAGAGUUCGUCAGUGCUCUGCUUCAGGUUGAGGCCACGUUUGGAAAACUCAUGUCAUAGCAGCUACGUUACUUUCAAAUGUUCUUUAUCCUGGAAAGAAGUGAUCCAUCCCAGCCCCAGCUCCUGGAGAGCUAACAGACCCUGUGAGGGUUACAUUUUAAUGAGGUCGACCAGAAGUACUUUGAAAGCAAGUCUUUUUUUUUUUUUUUUCCCCCCUUCCACCUUUACAGAUGUUAUUGGAAUUUAACUUUGUGUCUAAGACUUCAUUCUGUUGGCAGUUUCAAGAAGUAAUAUGUGUGAUGUAAGAUGUAUGUAAACCGUUGCAGUUGACACUUUGCCAUGCAUCAAGAAGUUGUCUGACGGUGGCCGAAUGUAACUUGCUGAAAAUAAUUGAAUAUAUAUACAAGAUAAUAGCAAUCAGGCCUUAGAUGUUCCUCAUUCAUGUUUUUUCCAGGCAGGAAUCUUUUUCUUUUAAUCGUUGUAAUUUUGUAAGCUUAUUUUACUAAUACUGUUGAAUCUGAAAAACAAGCAACAAAAAAAUGUUUUGUCUGCUGCUAUUAUUAACAUUUAUUAUCUGUAUCUUUUAGCUCAGGAAAUGACUUCACCUGUUCGUUCCAUGGAUCGAUCUUUAACAGGGUCACUUAGCUAAUGGGACUGUUGAAACAGAUGUACUGGGAGAAAAUGAUGAUAUAUUUUGACAGAUUGCUUUUUAAGAGACAGUUUCUAAAGCCUUACCCUGGCUGGAAUGGUUCUGGUACAAAUCAUACGGCCUGCCUGAUCUACCACCGUGGCACAGAGAAUCACAACCAAGAAUGUGGGCAAGGUGAUAGCUGCGGAGGUGGAUGCAUUUUUUAUUUUGAGGGCUUCAGCCAAAUUGUCUUGGAAUUUAAAGCGAAAUUUCUGCAGCUUUCAGUAUGGAGACGAGGAGUAACGUGAAGCUGAACCAGUUUUUCCUUGCGUUGGGCCGCAACAUGUAUGAAAAAGAUAGAUGAAGUCAUUUGCAUAAAGGUACAGCAUUGGGAUACUAUGUUGUGUUUGUUUUUACAUUGUGCAUUUAAAAAAACAUACAGUGAAGUAAAAGCCAAGGUUAAGUUUCCUACUGAAGCAAGUUCUCGCGUUGUUUUUGAGUUCCAUGGUAGUCACACACUGUUCACAUCUACACCCUGUUUAAUAGGAUGACUUGUCAGGAGGGGACGAUGGGGUGAUGGUUGUCAAUUUUCUUUGUACACUCUGAGUGCAGCUGCACCUACGUAAAAUGUUUUGAAGCUUCUCAGAAAUACAGUAUACUUUAAAAACAUGUAGGGUUAGGGUCGGGGGGAGAAAUGCAGAUAUAGCAAGUAAGAAAAGUGACCCAUAUAGAACACGUUGUGAGGUUGUGCGCUGGUCCGACUGACGGAACUGAGGGGCGGGUUUCAGUUGUAAAUGGUGGCUGAUUGCUGUCUAACUGUGUACUUGUUUGUUGGGAUGACUAUCCCAUAUUUUGUAUAUUGGAAUAAAAAUUUCUAUAAAUUAUCAUAACUGAAAGUAAAUAUUCUAAAUUAAGUCUCACUUCUAAGUCACAUGGCUUCUGUCUUGGCGGCUUUACCUUUAGAAGCUGGCUCGAGACAGGAGCCCUGAGACUUUAGGCAAAGAGAAGAGGUGAGGAAUGUAAUAUAUGGGUCUCGUCGCCUCUGACCAUCCGUGUAGGGUUUUUUCUUUCCUUGACGGCAGUAGAAAGACCUCACUCCCAUAACUUACUACUCUUGAUACUUUCUUUAAAGCUACUUUUCAAUAAAGAUUCUCUCAUGAGGUAUUUACCUGGGAGUUGGGAGGCUAAGGCGCUCAGGUCCUGGCUCCUCAGUGAAUUUAACUGUGUGACCUUGGGCAAGUCACUUAACCUCUCUGUGCUUCAGUCUCCCUAUCUUGUAAAAUGGGAGUAAUACCUACCUCACAGGGUUGUUGUGGGGAUUAAUUAGAUAUAAUGUCUGUAAAGCAUCUAAGGUUCUUGAAGAAGGCGCUAUAUAAAUACAAAAUAAUAUCUAUUAAAGUUGGUUUAUUUGUG